GUUAAGGAGGAGGACGUUGAGCAGCAGUAUCCAUCUCUUUUCGGCUGUAGAAGAUCCUCUGGGCUAAGGCACUGGCAUUUCUCUUGACGCCACAGCACACCUGAUCUGUGCUGAAUGGACCUCUUUACUCCAGGGGCAAUGGGCCCAGCUGUCUUCAUGCUCCUGGUCGCAGCUGAGAUCUGGCAUGCCUCAGCAUCUCCCACCAUCAGCCCUAACAACUCCACUCUGAUCGUGAAAAAAGGAGACCCUGUGCGCCUACAUUGCUCCGGGAAUUCCAGCGUGCAAUGGGUCGGCAUAAACACUAGGCCUAAAGUGAUGGUGUAUGACAACGGCACCCUCUAUAUACCGCAGGCCUCUUGCCAGCAGAUGGGAAACUACCGCUGCGGUUAUGUCAACAGUACUGAGGAACUGGCAUCUGUAUUUCUGCUUGUGAAAGAUCCUAGGUCAGUAUGGUGUGUCCCCUUCAGAAAGCCCACUCAGGUGACAGAAGGCAGCGAUGUGUUGUUCCCGUGUCUGAUCACUGACCCUGGAUUCACAGGCAAUGUCACCCUUCAGAGAGAAGAUGAGAAGACAGUGCCCUUAGAAUUCUCUUUCAGCUCUCAGGAGGGCAUCCGUUUACACAGAGUACGCAUGGAGCAUCAAGGCUGGUACCAGUGUCAGGCCCUGGUUCAAGGACAGUGGGUGAAUUCUCUAGCAAUUGGACUUAUUGUUAACGAAAACUUCCAGCCUAUAUUUGUCACCACUGAAACGGAAAGCAAUGUGAGAAUACAAGGAGAGCCUUUCAAUGCCACCUGCAGUAUAUACUCUCCUUCCUACAUCUAUAACACCAAUUGGACUGUUCCUCCUACUGGAAAUGUCAUCGUGACUAAAUUGGAGACAUAUGAUCCCGUUAAAAGCUACAUCACAGUCUUCGACUUCUUCAUCCCUUCAGUGCAGUCACAAGACAGUGGGAAAUACACCUGCUUUGGAGGUCGUUCUUCAGGAUUUAGUCAUUCUUCAGUUACCCUACAGGUGAUAGACAAAGGAUAUUUGCGUUUGUCCACCGUUCAGAACAAGAGCCAGGAGAAAAGUGUGCUUGACAGCCUGAAACUCCAGGUGCUCAUUGAGGCUUAUCCUAGACCUCACACAUAUCGAUGGACACACAGGAACCCAUCUGGAAGUGCCAUGGAUGCUACGUACACUGGCCAGAUGAGUUUUGGCAAAAACAGGUACAACAAUACACUGAAUCUGAACUGGACAAUAGAAAGUCGUAGCGGAAUAUAUACAUUUUUUGCAGAUAAUGGUGAAGCCAAUGCAUCCAUUUCUUUCAACAUCUUUGUGAAAACCCCACCUAAAGCUCUACUGUUGACCAAUGGUUCCAACAUCAUUUUGUGUAAAUCCACCGGUUAUCCUGCUCCACGUAUUGAAUGGUACACAUUGCCUCGCCAUCAGCACACAGACAGCAGAUGCAGCCAAGACGGAAUACUGCAGAAGAACGACACCAGCCCACAGAUCACCCGUGCAGUUCCUUUUGAAGGCGUGUCGGUGAAGAGCACCUUGAACAUUGAGGAGAUGGGAGACAAUGUCACGUUUUGCUGCCUAGCAGUUAAUAGCGAAGGGGAUGAUUUCAUCUUCAUUCCUUCAGUUCUUGCUAAUGGGAUAGAAAGGAACCCAAGCGAUAUUCCCAAGCCAGUUAUUAUAGCCUGUGCAGGAAUAAUGUUUCUUCUUCUUCUGUGUAUCGCCUUCUUAUUCUACAAAUAUAAACAGAAACCGAAGUACCAAGUCCAUUGGAAGAUUAUUGAGGGCUGUGAAGGAAACAAUUACACCUUUAUUGACCCCACCCAGCUUCCUUACAAUAAGAAAUGGGAGUUUCCUAGAAACAAUUUGCAAUUUGGGAAGAUCCUGGGAGCUGGAGCUUUUGGGAAGGUGAUUGAAGCCACAGCGUUCGGGUUGGGGAAAGAAAAUUCCAGCCUGAAGGUGGCUGUGAAAAUGCUAAAAUCAACAGCACAUACUGAUGAACAAGAAGCACUCAUGUCAGAGCUGAAGAUCAUGAGCCAUUUAGGCCACCAUGAGAACAUUGUCAACCUGCUGGGAGCAUGUACUCAUGGAGGCCCUGUACUUGUCAUUACUGAGUAUUGUCCUUAUGGAGACUUGCUGAAUUUCCUGCGAAAGAAAGCUGAGUGUCUUAUGAUCCAGGAUGCAUUUUUUGAGUCCUCUCUGGACAGCAUGGCAACUGACUAUAAAAAUAUCUACCUUGGGAAGAAAUACAUCCGAAGUGACAGUGGAUUUGGAAGCCAAUGUGUGGAGAACUAUCUGGAAAUGAGACCAGUGGCAGUGUCUACUUCUAUGCCAGCAAAAGGGAGGAGUUCAGUAUCAGGGGAAGAAACAGAUGGCAGCCAUCUUCUUCAUGUGCAUGACUUGCUGCUGUUCUCCAAUCAGGUGGCUCAGGGAAUGAACUUCCUUGCUUCAAAAAAUUGCAUCCACCGAGAUUUGGCAGCAAGAAAUGUGCUCGUGGCUGAUGGCCGAGUGGCCAAGAUCUGCGACUUCGGCCUGGCGAGAGACAUCAUGAAUGAUACAAACUAUGUUGUCAAAGGCAAUGCUCGCCUGCCAGUGAAGUGGAUGGCCCCAGAGAGCAUCUUCGAAUGUGUUUACACGGUGCAGAGCGAUGUGUGGUCUUAUGGCAUCCUUCUCUGGGAGAUCUUCUCCCUAGGCAGGAGCCCCUAUCCUGGCAUGAAAGUGAACAGCAAGUUUUAUAGCCUGGUAAAAGAGGGAUACCACAUGGGCAGGCCGGAUUUUGCUCCAGAAGAGGUGUACCAUCUCUUGACCGCCUGCUGGAACCUGGAGCCCACUAAAAGGCCUACCUUUAAUCAGAUUUGUACUUUCCUUCAAAAGCAGCUGGAUGCUAGCAAGGAAAAGGAUUAUAAAAACUUGCCCUGUGCUACAGAAGAAGAAGACAGUGGAUGUGAGCCCUCCAGCUACUGUGAGGAGUCGUGCGAGUCUGGAGAGAGUGGGCAGCCCCUUUUGAACAGCAAUAAUUACCAGUUCUGCUAAAGGCUGUAUGUGAUCAUGGCCUUCUUGUCCAUUCAGUUCCAGCUGAGAUGCCAUCCCUUUGGGGAUAUUUCAUCCAUACGUCACAGGUUGUGGCCAUGUCAUGGCCUGGCAGCAGAGUUCAGAAUAUUAAAUGUUGCCUGUGACUACAUCUUUUUUCCCCUUGCCACAAACAGCUGGCACAAUAUCUUCAUAUCUUGCUUAGCUUGGGAGUAUUUAAUAAGCUUGGCCAGAAUCAACAUAUCCAGUCCGCAGAUUGGCAUAGCCUGUUGUAUCUAGGCAUGCUUGGGAGAGUGAGGACACGGGUGCCACUUAGAAACCAAGCUAUGUUUCAGAUGCAACUCACUGGCCCUCAGUUGAUGUUGCUUAAAAAAGGAAGACGGACUCUUUUCCUUAUCUUUAUGCACACUUCUUUCUUCUGCAUGCAAUAGUACCUAGGAAUUUAUCAGCCAAAAGGAAAACUGAUAGACCCUGCCCAGUUCUGCUCUGGUUCAGGGACUGGGCAGGACUGAAGGUGUGAGGAGAAAGAACCACAAUCAUUCUCCAUCUGUGAAAUGUCAUUAGUCACUUCCUAGAGGGGAAAUUACCUCAGCUGGAAAAAAGUUCUAAUUCUCCUCAGAAAAGGAACUUCAAACAAGGAAGGAAUAGCAACUCUUUUUUCCCCACUGCACAAUGUAUGAAUCACUGAACAAUGUGUUAAUCAAGUAAAUAAAAAAUGUGAUUUUUUCAGUGCUACAAUCAAUGCAUUAGCUAAGAAUUAAGCCCUACUAAAUUCACCUUAAUCCUAGGUGAGUGAGUGAAGAACUGCAGUCUUAAUUACUUCACUGACUUUUAAUAUAUUCAACCAAUUUAUUAUGAGAGAUUAAGAAAUACAUGCAAAUUACUUCAGUCCAGAUUUCUUUUCCACUGGGAGGUGAAAAUCCACACACACACACACUAGAUUAAACUUCAGGAGGGCUGAUGAGGUGGCUGAUUCCCCCAUCACACACAUUUUUUCUGUAGAAGCAGAGGUUUGAAUCUACCUGUAGUUGGAGCUCCAAGCCUCCAGCAUACUGAAGCAGAGAGAGCUGGCACACCUCGUCUUGCUGGCGGUAUGCUACAGGAGGAGAAUGGAGCCAUUUCUUUUUGUCCCUGGCUUUGCACUGUUUUCCAAAGAUACAACUCAACAUCAAAGAUGAGAGUGAAGCUGUGGGGUGGGGGCAGGAAGACUCUAGAUCUGUUUCCUCCACCUCCUGGUUGACUUUCCCCGUGGGUCAACAAUUCUCCUCAAAGCAAAGAUUCCCUAUCCGUGGUUCCUGCAGGUUAGGAUUCAGAUGACUGAACUCUACAAGUAGAAAUAAUUCUGUUCAGUUCCAUAAAAAAUUAGGAGCUUGAUCCACAAUGGUGCUGCACUGCCCGUACCUGGCAUCCAGCAAAUCACCAGGGCUGUUUUUCCACACACAACUAGGAAGCAGAGGAGCAGUUUUAACAUCAUAGCUCCUGGCCAGGGACUGUUAUAACCGCCUCUCAAAUUCGCUGGAGACAUUCCUGGAAAGAGUGUAACAGUGGGCCUGGGCCCCAAGUAUGGCUGUAGGUAACGUGUCUGCCUACCAAACUUGCCUGUGUUUGCAAGAAU